UGCCUUUCUACAUCUCAGCGGUCCUUUGUCUUGUCAUGCUGGGCAGCUCUGCUGUAGCACAGGUGAAGUGGUGUACACACAAUGCACCAGAAAAGAGAAAAUGUGAUGUCUGGAGUGCUGUCAGUGGUGAGGCCAUAACAUGUAUAUCAGCUCUGUCUGUGGAACAAUGUGUUCAGCUGAUAAUGGCAGGCAAAGCUGAUGCUGUGACGCUACAUGCAGGACAUUUACACUUAGCAGUAUGCUCUGGCCUAGUUCCAGUAAUGGCUGAGUACUAUAACAAAGAUAAUGUAAAACCUUGCAAAACACAACAUUAUCAAGAUGAUCUCCGG